UGGUUUAUGAGUGUUCAGACUUUGUAGUGCACAAAAAAAAAAAGUGUUCUACUGUUAUUGGUAGAUCACUUCACCACUUCCUCCAAGGGUGGGGAACAUGUUGCAACUUAAUGGAGAAGUUUCUGUGUGAGUCAAACAGGCUUAUAUGUGAAGGGUAAAACACUGUAACCUUUGUAAAAAUCCACUAGAUCUGAGCAAAAAGAAAAGAACGAAAAAAACAGAAAGAUGGAGCAAACCUGUGAAGAAAUCGAUGAAAUGUUUAGCAAUCUGCUGGGCGAGAUGGACCUCUUAACUCAGAGUCUGGCUGUAGAAAGCCCUCCACCCCCCACAACCACCAAGGCUGGUACAGAUGGAAAUGUUUUAUUUGGUUUUAAAGAUUUUGACUCACUAAACACUCUAGAAGACAAUGAUCUGGAUGCGUUAAUGGCCGAACUUGUGGCCGACUGCACAGAUGCUGAAAUGAAAGUGAACAACCAGAUCUCCAACAGCGUAGCUUUCUCCUCCAAUGUGGAUUCGUUUGCAUACAAUAUUCCUGAUUUUACGCACGACCUGCCCACUGGUUCCACAGAUGACCUUUCCUUUUUACCACCACCACCCCCUAGUGAAUGGGAAAUGGACCUACCUCCUCCGCCACCUGACCCAGAGGAGCCAACAGAGAAGGAUGCUUUAGAGUCAAGAGACAAAGUAGACAAAAUCAUGCUUGCUUUGGACAAAAUGAAGGAAGCCAAAGUUAAAAAGCUAAUUGUUAAGAUACAUAUGACUGAUAACAGCACAAAGACCUUGAUGGUGGAUGAGCGUCAAACGGUCCGUGACAUCCUGGACAACGUAUUUGAGAAAACUCACUGUGAUUGUACCAUCGAGUGGUGUCUAUAUGAAGAAAACCCAGAUCUGCAGAUUGAGAGAUUCUUUGAAGACCAUGAAAACAUAGUGGAAAUCUUAUCAGACUGGACGAGAGACAGUGAGAACAAAAUCCGCUUUCUAAAGAAAAAUGAAAAAUAUGCUGUUUUUAAGAACCCUCAGAACUUCUACAUGGCCAGAAAAGGAAGUGCAGAUAUGAAGGACAUGAAUGAGAAGAGCAAAGUAUCUUUACUUGAGCAAAGUUUCUGUGCUGCCUCCGUUGUUGUGCCAGAUCUUGAAGGGGCAAUAUACUUGAAAGAAGAUGGAAAAAAGUCCUGGAAAAAACGAUACUUUCUUCUGCGUGCUUCUGGAAUUUAUUAUGUACCUAAAGGAAAGACAAAGACAUCUCGUGAUCUGGCCUGUUUUAUACAGUUUGAUAAUGUCAAUGUUUAUUAUGGCAUGCAGUAUAAAGUCAGAUACAAAGCUCCGACGGACCAUUGCUUUGUCCUGAAGCAUCCACAAAUUCAGAAGGAAUCCCAAUAUAUUAAGUAUCUAUGCUGUGAUGAACCAUGGGUUCUCCACCAGUGGGUUACUGGCAUCAGGAUUGCCAAGUAUGGGAAGGUUUUGUAUGAGAACUACAAAUCUGCCAUCCACAAAGCAGGUCUGGCCUCUCGGUGGUCUUCGCUCAGCAGUUCCACGACACCAACAGGGGCACCUCAAGGCAAUGGACAGAUAUCCCAAAAUGUAGCCAAUGUUAGUUCAAGCUUUUCAGAUGCAUGGAAGCGUGGUGAGACAGCUAAGGAUAAGCAGCAACCUACCGAGGUCAGGAAACCUGAGCAGAAAAUCUCCCUUCCACCAUCAACCAAACAGCCUCCACCCGCACCUGUACGGAGACCAUCCAAUGCCCAUGUGGUUGGCACACCACCAUUACCAAUAAAAGCCAAGCCAGUAACCAGCAAUAUGCCACCACCACCACCACCAGCAGAAGCUUCCCAGUGGGGGGAUGAUUUCCUGCCUCCUCCUCCUCCUCCUGAAUUACUGGAUACUCCUCCAAAUUUUUUACCUCCACCACCUCCAUCUUUUAACUCUGAAAGCGAUUACCCAGCUCCUCCACAAUUCACAAAUGUAGGAAGUGCUGGAGGGCCACCACCUCCUCCUCCUCCCCCUCCCCCACCACCUGCCGCUCUUUCACCCAAAUCAGCUCCACCACAGCUUCCUGUGAAAAAGCUGCCACCGAAACCUCCAAUGAGAAGAGACAGUACAGGACAGAGACCAAACCAACAAAACAGCUUGAUGACAAAUGGUGGUGGUGCAGGGGGGCAACCGGAUUUCAUGUCCGACCUAAUGAGUGCAUUGCAGAAAAAGAGAAGCACCACAACCUAGACUCAACUUCAUACUUCCUACAAAAAUGAUCUGCAUUUAAAAGGAUUUUAUGAAAAUAUUUUAUCAUAUUUACAAAAUAGUUUGGAACAAAGAGGACAUUUUCUGGCUGAAUGACAUUUAAAGGGAAAUUCUUAGUCUUAUUUAGAAACAUAAAAGAGUUGUGACAGAAAAAAAACAAGUGGUCUGUCUUUUUAGAUAUACAUGAGAAAGCAAUCAUCCUAAAGAGCCGUACAUCUGGCGGUAUCGGGCAGUUAAAAAAAAACAUCCAACAUUCGGCCCAUGUGUACAGCAGCUGGUCCAACAGAAGCCAGCCGAACGUCCAAUUUCUGUCAAAGGGCCAUGGCCAUAAAAGGUCUGCUGAUCGGCAUCCAAUCCAAUCGGCAUUAAUCUCUCAUCCAAUGGCUGGCCAUUGUGUUUUGGCAGGGGGGCCAUCCUCCUAACAAAACAUAAUAGCUCAGCGGGGAAGAUCGCUUUACCAACAUCGGAUCCCCGACCUCUUCAGCCCACUGGGUUAAAAGGAAAAAAAAACUGUUAGUGUCUACUAGGCUUAAGACUAGGUUGACACUUGUGCGGGUUAGGAACCCUUGCAAAAUUGAGCGCAUUCCCAACCCGCAGGCAAAAUUCACUGUAUGUGCAGACAUACGUGGGGUGCCAUUCAUUGCCACGCAUCAGCAAGGCGCCCGCAUUUUUGCAUGCAUGAAACUACAUGGUGCCAUAGCGCUAUGUGAUUCCAUGCAGCACAAUUUAAAAAAAAAAGAGGCCCCAGGACAUCUUUUUACCCGUAAAAUCAAUGAGCUGCCCUACUUGCAGGUCGCACUCAUGUGAACGGAACCUAAUGUAUAUAAGCUUACCCAUUUUUGUUAUUGUUUUGUAAUUAUACCUUUACAUGGUGGCAGCUAUAUUUUCUCAUUACAUAUACAGGUCCUAGGGGAGUGAAUAGUGAUUGAGACUGUCUGCUGGUCUCAUUCAGUUCAAGUCUUAUAGUCAGAAGAAUUAUUAAAAAAAUGCAUUCUUUAUAAUUUCAUGUGACAGUUGUAGAUCAAGGAUGUAUGGUUUUGGGGUUAAAUAUAGAUAUUCAUUACAUGUAAAAAUCUACAAAUCUGUACAGCAAUAGAAACACAGUAAAGCAAGAUGAAAAAUUAUAAAGUCACAUAAAAAGUACCUUUUAGGGUAAAAAUUACAAUAAUAACUUUAAAUUGGUGCUCAAUAAAAAAGGCUUAUAGUUACUCUUAAAUUUAAAUGACGUCAAGACCCUUCUACAUCUUGAGACCUUUAAUUAAAGAAAACCGUCAACUUUCACAACUUACUAUGUAACAAUAAAUCAAGUACUAUCUGUAAAAAAAACUAUGUUUAAAUAUGAAUAAUCAUUAUAGAAAGACAAAUGCUUUCACCAUAAUCGAUAUACUAUGUUGCAUUUAAUGAAUACAAAGUAAUAAAUGUUUCUCAAUGAA